CAAAGUCCUUUCACAUGUCAGCCAUUGGUGGGCCAACUUGGCCCCUCUGGAAAUUUCCUUGCAAUCAGAAUCUGUGUAUCCUGAAGGCUUUUAAUCCAGGGGAUGUUUUUCAUGCUGGGAGUUAGUAGCAGCUGCUGCUAGGGCUACAGAAGCGGGUAGGAUGGCAGAUGUGAGGCUUGCAGAAAAGCUGACCCCUUGGGGUGGGACAUUUUGCCUAAAGAGGCACCAGACAGACAGAGCCAGUUAAGAAGGCAUCAUGAUUAGACUUUGUCUCCCCGAGGCUGGCCUUUUAUUGUUAUUAUCCCUGACUAUCUGAGAUCGGCUGAGAUGACUGAGGUCAUGAUGAACACCCCAUCCAUGGAAGAGAUUGGCCUCAGCCCCCGGAAGGAUGGCCUUUCCUAUCAGAUUUUUCCAGACCCGUCAGACUUUGACCGUUGCUGCAAACUGAAGGACCGCCUGCCCUCCAUCGUGGUGGAGCCCACAGAAGGGGAGGUGGAAAGUGGGGAGCUCCGAUGGCCCCCCGAGGAAUUCCUGGUCCAGGAGGAUGAGCAGGACAACUGUGAAGAGACAGCGAAAGAAAAGAAGGAACAGUAGAGUCCCUGCAGGAUCGCCCCGGGUCGUGCCAGCCAGCAUACCUGAACUGUUUUUCCCCAUCGUGAUGGAAGAAGAGAGUGAGCCACAAUCAUUCUGAAAAAUGUCAACUGAGGCUUCCGUUUUGCACCUGAAAAAUCACCAAGUCCAUUUUCUUUUCUUGUCUUUUUUUUUUUUUAAAUGCGUUGAGAGCAAUGGAGCCCUCUGACAAUGUGCAAGGCUGAGA